AUGUUACUCCGUUACCCCUUUGUCACUAUUCUCGCGUUGCUCGCCGCGCCAACAGGAGUAUUAUCGCGGAAAGGUGAUGGCUCUAGUGGCGGCAGUGGGAGCGACAGCGACAGCGACACCAAUACCUCCAGCGGUAGUAGCGGUGGUUCCAAUGACUCCAACGAUAGCGAUGACACAUCUACAUCUACUACAACCUCGGGUGGACUCAGCUGCAGAGAUACCCACCGCCUCGACUAUAACGAUCUUCAACCUUCGCAUUACGAUAAAUACAACCGCGAGCCACGCCGCGGCCAUGCUAGUGCUUAUAGCGACUUGGAUGGUGUCUUCUUCAAAGGCGAAGCUAGUCUGAAAUACACAAUCAUAACACCACCCACGAAUCUGACAGAAGGCGACAUCGUUAGUUCAUCUUUGAUCACAUGUCCCGUUGGCAGACAAUCCAUCCGCAUGCUAGGCGCCGCAUGGGUUGCUGCCAAGGCCCCUGCUCCCGUGGGACCCGUCAAUCCCAUCACGAUAGGUUUCAAAGCCUGGGAGAGCAACAUACGCGUCUCGGAUAUCGAUAAUUCAUACAGUGUGUGUGACAAUCUGGAUCUUGUUCGGCUUACCACAACCGUGGACUUGCUCGAAGGAAAUGGAGUCCAAGCCAUGGACGCCGUUGCGUUAGACAUAACCCAGGCGGCUGAUAACAGCAACAAAGUUCUGUUUGACGGAAGCUAUGAUCUCAAAGACUGGACAGAUAGCGAACGGGACUCUACGGAGCAAGCACGAUAUGCCGAUGCUGGACUUUACGAUCAGAUGAUUGCUCUUCCGGAUAGUUUAUGCUCUGAGAGGAGCAAACUGGGCAAACUCCUCAUUGGAUGGCCCACUGGAACACACGUCAAUGGGUCUGUGACCAAUGAAACUCUUGAGUUGAAUUUCUCUGGCGCUACAGUUGCUGGGUUUGAAAAUUCUGGAAAAGGGCAGGACACAGACACAAAGGUAAAUGUGACUUUCGAGCUCACAUUCACGGGUAGUUUGGACACUGCGAAUUCCUCGCAGGUGCUUCUGACAGGGGCGUCGAGUCAUAAUGCGUCGCUCAUCAGCUUUGAGAGGGCGACUGGUAGUGCCACUGUCGCAAGUCUCUCACUGUACUGCGUAUUCCUAUCUUUAUCGGUCAGUUUUGGGGUGAUGGUUUUAUGA